CGAUAMGCUUUCUGUUCCCACUCAUUCCAUACCUGAAGAAGUCACUGCUUCUCCACUAUUCAUUGAAAAACAGAAGAAUCAAAUAUUCGAGCAUACCAAGAUGAGCGACCGCAAAUACACAUUGGGCUAUAUCGCGUACGGCGCGAUUGCAAUAUCCAGCUUCUGCCUGGAUGGUGGCGUCAGUGCUUUYUCUCUGCCAUCGACGACGACAAGGCUAUCCAAUACUUCGCCGUCAUUGMAACUGUCUGUUGACGAUUCGAAAGUGGUGGAAGGAUUGGAUUCGCGCCGUGAGCUUCUUGGUCGAGCCGCUGGUGCGUUUGCAUCCGCUUCUCUUGGCGCAUUGUGUAUGCCAUCGUCGGGAUUUGCCGCCCCCAACCCCCCGAAGGUACGCGGGCCUACUUYGGAGCACGAAAAAAGAAAGCAGCAAGAUAUGCGGUGUCGCCCGGUUUYGUUUUGAUUUGCUGAYGGGAAUUGRUAUUGCAYGCUAACCAGGRAUGGCUUCUCACACUYUUUUUGCAUUGGCGUUUUAYUUGCAUCGCAACAGUCGCUUUCCGAAGAAUAUCGGCAAGGGACGGCUGCACUAGCGGACAUGGACGAGAUGGCACCAGUWCCUCGUGAAGCGUACAAGAAACUACCUUCGGGUACGAUCAUCGCCGACUUGAGACCYGGCAAGAGCGAGGACGGCGUGGUAAAGACCGGGAGCCGCGUCAAUCUGCAAUGGGUGAGUUCGCGAGRAAUCAAUCUGCCGUGUCAUGGUAUUUUUUUGUGAMGCAUMAAUUCCAUACCGGUCGUGGAAGCCUAUUCGAAUUUCUKACGACCAGUUUGUCUUUCCCGUCAAACYCUUUGAACACCAUCCGUSGUACCAAGGUGCUGCGAAAAUCGAACGGAUACUUUGUGGACAGCAGUCAGGUGGCCUACGACGGAGUUCCCUUUAUUUUCACCGUUGGAGACGGGACGGCUAUCGCGGGAGUGGACGAGGGCGUGCAGGGUAUGGCCUCGGGGGGCGUUCGACGUCUGUUGAUUCCACCGAGCCUGGCGUACGUCGAUGGUCUCGAGGACGGCAAGCCGGGUCCGAUGCCGGUUGGGUUUGGGCCGAGGUAGGUUCUGUUUCCGGUGUUUUCCCCGAAUGGCGCUUUGCGUUUCGUUUCGACACGAAUGAAGCKGCGGCGAUUUGCUCAGCGAGUUUGUGCUCUUCUAUUCAUUCCUCUCUGAUUGCAGACAACAAAUGCGACGUGUUCAGAACGUGCGAAAAGAUGUUCCUGGAGAGUACAUCUAUUUAGAAGUAAGUUGAGGUUACGGUGUGGUUGGAAUCACCUCGGCGUUGCAUGCCAUUUCCUCACAUAUUUGUUUUUGUAUGCCUCCUUUGACACGUCUAGGUCCAAGUCACCCGGGUGCGGUGAUAACAGAUCGAAUCGUGUUGUUCCUUUUCGAUCGUUCAAAGGUCCGGCAUCGAAAGUGCGGAAGGCACCUGCAACUGACACAGCUAAUAAUCAUUCAAAAUUAUG